AUGCACACGUAUGUGUCAGUAAUUUGCAAUGUUGUUAUCUAUGCGUUUAUAACUGACAAAAAACAAAGUGAACAAGCAGCAGCAAUAACAAAUAAAACAACUGUAAAGCAUGAACAGCUGUUCGAAGCGCUGGUGCUGCCAGAUCUGGGAGCGCUGGGACGCCCCGCAAAGAGCGCCAAUCUAACAGUAGAAGAGCUUGCAGCUGUAGCGGAAAGUGAGCGCCAAACCGGUUACAAUGCGUGGCUCUCUGAGCGAAUUUCGCCUGAGCGCACGCUGCACGACAUGCGGCAUCGUAGCUGCAAAAAGCUUAAGUACGCGCUAGCUGAGCUGCCCGCCAUCAGUGUUGUCAUUGCUCAGCACAAUGAAGAGCCGAGCGUGCUGCUGCGUACGCUGAGUUCGCUGCGUGAUCGUACGCCGACUGCGCUGCUGCGCGAGAUUCUGCUAGUGGAUGAUGGCAGCGUUAAGAUUGCAGAUAACUUUACGGCGUAUUUGCGUUUCAAGUAUGGGAAGCUGUUGCAGCUGUUGCGGCUGCCUAAGCAGCGAGGAUUGAUGCAGGCGCGCAUGGCGGGCGCACGCAAAGCUCAAGCUGAGGUGUUGGUCUUUCUGGAUGCGCAUGUGGAAGUUACUCAAGGCUGGUUGGAGCCGCUGCUGGCGCCCAUGCUAGAGCGUAAUGGCAGCUGCACUACACCCAUAGUGGAUACCAUAGACCAUAAAACGUUUGCUUAUAAACGUGGCAAACCCUCGCGCGGCUUCUUCAACUGGGAGUUCAACUAUGUGCAGCUGCCGCUGCUGCCAGCAGAGCAGCAAGCGCUGCCGGCGCCACAUGACAAUCCCAUAAUGAAUGGUGGACUAUUUGCCAUUGAGCGUGAAUGGUUCUUUAAGCUGGGCGGCUAUGAUGAGGGGCUGCGUCUUUGGGGCGCCGAGCAGUUCGAGCUAAGCUUGAAGAUUUGGCUAUGCGGUGGACGUCUGCUGGAAGUGCCCUGCUCCAGAGUGGGACAUCUUUAUAGAGACGACAGCUAUCAGGUGGCAUAUACCAAGUCUAGCAGCAGUGCCAGUCAAGCUGUAUCAAGAAACUACAGACGCGUAGCCGAGGUCUGGCUGGAUGAGUACAAGGACAAGCUGUAUGCCAAUGUGCCGCACUUAACCCAAAUCAAAGUUGGCUCACUUAAGCAGCAGAAAGCGCUGCGUCAACGUCUGCGCUGCAAGCCCUUCAAAUGGUUUCUGGAUAACUUGGCCAGCGACUUUUUAGCGCUGUAUCCGCUGCAGGAUCCAGAGGAUUAUGCCAUUGGCGCGCUACAAAGCUUGGCAGCACCUAAGCUCUGCCUGGACAGAGCUGGCAGCAAAACGCAGCCGAAGCUUGCAGCUUGCGAUGAGGAUCUUUUAUAUCCCAGACUGGAGCAAGCUUGGUAUCUAAGUCACUUUCGCGAUUUGCACUCCAGCUAUCUCUGCCUGGAGCUGCAGCAACGUCAGCCAAAUGCUGCAGUGCUGCUUUGGCAGUGUCAUCAUCAGGCUGGCAAUCAGUUCUGGUUCUAUGAUCAGCAGUCCAAGCAGCUGAUUAAUGGUCAACGCAAGUCGGAUCAGCGUUGCUUGGAGGCGCAGGUGGAGCAGCGCAGCUUGGUAGCGAAUCUAUGUAAUGCCACAAAUGUGCGGCAACAUUGGAAGUUUGGUUAUGUUAACGAAAAGCGGCUUGAGGACUUUUGGAAGAAUAUUGAGCUGCUGUAAUUCUUAAAGAAAACUUUUAAUUCAAAAUUGAUCUAUGAUCUACGAUUGAUUAAUAUAUGCUAAGCAAGAUGAUAAACAAUUGUUAUU